CGAUUCAUCUGAAACCCGAAAAGGUAUCCUUCUGCGCAAGAGGCCUAUCCAGGAUAAGCAGAUGGCUUCUGAAACCUCUGCAAUGCAGCUUUGUGGUUUGGACACCGGGGAGAAAGCAAACGGAGCAGGAUGUUUUCUCGAGCCUCCUAAACAGUACCACAUGCCAUACACACAAAACCUGUCCAAUGUGCUUUGUUCACUGCCCCUGCAUGGUUAUUCCUCGUCUUCACCGGUUAAGGCCAUCAACACGACGUUGGCUCUCAACAGACGUCGCAACCUACCUUUCGAAUUCGAGAGAAACGGGACCUUAUUCCAUCUUGAACAUAUGGCCUGCAACCACCACCUUUGACAAGGAUAAAAGACUUGUCAAAAGUAUCAUCAUUUGUUUUAUUUUUUUUCUUCACAUUUUGGUUAAAAUCAACAGAACUUGAGUCAUUGAACUAUUAUGCAGCAUUCUGCUAUAGGAUUUGUACUGCUAAUAUGAGGCAUAUCAUUCACAUGGUUAUUAAAUAGGAACUAAUACUUUCAUUAACCAUAACAUUUACAUGGAAAGUCUGGUUUUUCUCUUCCUUCAAGUGCAUAAACUUUCAAUUGCUCUAAAUUUUAAAUAGUGGGUUCUUUUUGAAAAAAAGUAUUUAAUUUUAUUAUGACAUAUUAUUUUGAAACUAUAAUCUAAAUAAAUAAUCGCAAACAACUGGUCAAAAUCAAAAGUGGCAGGUACAUAGCAAACUGCUCUACUCCUUUAGAGCAUCUCUAGUGGGCGGAUGUCCUAGUCCACUAGGACAUCAACUAGGACUUCCCAAAAACACCUCCUGCCACGUCACUAGGACUUCCCAUCCCACUGCCACGUCACUAGGACAUCUCCUUCACAAUCCGCCCUUCCCAUCGCCCUUCCCACUAGGACUUCCCAUCCCACUGCCACGUCACUAAGACAUCCCCUUCACAAUCCGUCAUUAGGAGGGGAGAUUUAAUCCCCAUUCAAAGCCGCCGAAAACUGAAUUGAAACUUCAUUCAUAAUUUCAUUUACACUACUUUCAGGAGUUCCGAGCCGGUCCAAAGCUGUACAAGUCGAAAAUGGAAAGAAAUUUAGUCCAACCAUUGGUUGCAGCAGUUCUUUCAGCUGCAAUUUCCAUCAGAUCCUAUCGAAAGAAGUCCCUCGACUUUUCUGGCGCUCUUUCUGGUUUUGCUGUUAUGACAAUUCAUAUGGCCGUCAAUUACAGGUUUGGUGCUCUGUUACUUGGCUUUUUUGUUACUUCAUCGAUGCUAACCAAAGUCGGGGAAGACAAAAAGAAGAAAGUCGAUGCAGAUUUUAAGGAGGGUGGCCAACGCAAUUGGAUACAAGUUCUCUCGAAUAGUGGUAUAGCAACGGUUUUAGUCCUGAUUGCUUGGUCGCAGGUGGGAACGCAGGACUUUUGUCUAAAUUCAAAAGAAUCGCGUCUUAUGACCUAUCUAGCUGGUGGUAUUCUUGGUCACUACUGUUGCUCCAACGGAGACACAUGGUCAUCCGAGCUCGGGGUUCUCAGUGAUGACCAGCCACGCCUUAUCACAAACUUCAAGCUGGUUCAGAAGGGCACUAAUGGUGGUGUGACGAGGGCAGGACUCGUUGCUGCAGCAGCUGCAGGCUCUGUGCUUGGACUUACGAUGGUUAUCCUAGGAUUUACGACUACCAACUGCACUUUCGAUGUAGCCAUGAAGCAGUUAUUGUUGAUACCGGUUUCUGCUCUUUCUGGACUGUGCGGAAGUGUUACCGAUUCUUUAUUGGGAGCAACCCUCCAAUACAGUGGUUACUGCAGUGUCCGAAAGAAGGUUGUGAGCAAAGCCGGGCCAACGGUGAAGAGGAUCUCGGGUCUUAGCAUACUCGACAACAAUGCAGUAAACUUCGUGUCGAUUCUGUUGACGACUGUGCUGACUUCCAUAGCUUGUUCAUACAUAUUCUAGUUGGAGGGUUUGGAUCUUCAAUCCCCAUGUGUAACAAAUAGUCUUGGAGCAUAAUUUCAAUCAAUCAAAAGAAUGGUUUUUGCUUCUCUUUUUACA